CAAACAUGUCUGCCUUUGCAAAAAAGAAAUCUAAGAAACCAAUUGAUCCCCUGAAUAAGAGGAUCCCUGAAAAUCCGAAGUAUAAAGAUGUCCAAGCCGUUGUCGAUACAGGAUCAAGUGUCAGCAAGUAUAUGAGGAAGGUGGAAGAGAUCAGACAAAAUUACAGAUACAGAAAAGAUGAAGUGUUCAAACGGAUGAAACCUACCACAUUUGUUCAACUGAUGAUUCAGGUUGCCGAGAUCAAUGCAUUGGAUAAUGAAGUUGAUGAGAAUUUCCCUCCAGAUGGCACUGGCGAUACCAUGCGACCAGACACAGCAGAUACAGCAUUACCAGAUAUGACCGGUAACGGCCAUGACACUGCCGAGAAUGGGAAGGAGGACGACCACAGCCCGGCACCAUCCUUGGCCCUCACUGAGGGAGAUUAUGGCGCUACUCCUUCCAACAUGAAUACUGCUAGGUCUACUCUGCAAAGUGUAAUGCGAGGUGUAGGCGAGUUAGAUGUAAACCGACCAAAUACUCCUAAAAUGCUUAUAGAUGAGACUAGGCCAUAUCUACUCCUGGAUCUGAGGGAUCGGGACGAAUAUGAUGAAUGCCAUCUCAUUACAGCAUUGAAUUAUCCACAUGCCAUGCUGUCAAGAUCGGUAAAUUUUGAAACAAAAGAUAUGCUGGCUUAUAAAAAUCAACCAGGAAAAAUCAUCCUAGUUUAUGACGAAGAUGAGAAGAUAGGACCUAAAGCUGCAAGCACCCUGGUCGAACGAGGAUAUGAUAAUUUGUUUAUGCUCUCUGGAGGCUUGAAGGUGGCCUAUAAACUCUUCCCCCGUGGCCUCAUCACUGGAACCGUCCCUGUCAGUAUUUCACCCCUGAAGAAAGGAGCAGUCAGGGAGCGAGCCUCGCAGACAGAAUUCUCUUACGAUGACCUGGAUACAUUGAAUUCACAAUUAGAUACUGCACUGGAUGACCGCAGCACUGGAAGUCGUUUGAGCAAGGCCUCAACCUCAGCCAGCCGUACUGCAUCUCAGAUGACCAGCAGGAGUGUUGCAUCAUCCAUGACAGGCAGUAUCACCGGCAGAGCUCCAUUCAAAUGAUUCGCAGCACGGCCAUACGAUCACGAACUGCUCAGGGUGUAAUUGGGGGUUUUGGUCUCUUUGGAUUGGCAGUCUCAGACUGGAGUUGUGACAUUACAAACUUUUUUCAGUGACUAGUGACGCAUAGUUGUUGACAUCAUGUGGCAUUUAUGAGAGAUAUGAUUGUGGAGGCACACCCAAGCAAAAGUUUGUAGUAGAAAGAUUUCAUUCAUGGUAUUAACUCUUGACUACCCACAUUUUACCAUCUUGAUGUAUCAACGGUUAACAUUCACAAAUUUACUUGCUCAUUAUCACAAGCCCAUCACCCUUGAAGCUUCAUGAUGCAAAUUGAUUUCCUGUUAUACAGUCUUGUAUAGUUUCGUCAUUAUCGUAGAAGUGGCUGAGAAUUCUCAUUGGUUCAGAAAUCACUCAUGGUUUGAAUGAGUGGUUGUGACCCUUGAGAUCGAUAUUUAAUAGUCGUUAAAGAGGUUGGUUGUUUUUUAAAUGUCCUGUUUCCUUACGAAGAGCAAUCGCGUGUGAUACUGCUAACUCUUUUUAACAGUAUUAUCAUCUUGUUAAGCUGUUGGUUGAUCUUCCUUGGUUUCUGAGUGCUGUCUUCCAUAAUUGUUUCACUGAUUAUUUCUCAAUAAGAAAUGCGACUGUCCUUUACCACUGGAAAAACUGUCCUCCCAGUAGAUUGGUGUUAUAAGAUUUUUCAUCCUGUCGGGUGGGUUCCACAACGUUUGGGUGAUUCAAGUAUUGAUGCCAAUUCUCUGGGCCAGGUGUAUGUCAUGGAUGUCGUGGCUCUGAUUUAUUUCCAGGUUAGAGCCUGAUUCAUGAAUGAUCACUGCCACAGAAAUUGCAAUGAACUAAAGCUACUUGAGAUUUUGACAAUUUUUUUGGAUUUGCAAAGCACAAUGCUGUUUAUAAUGUGAUGUUUUGAUGUGCUGUUUGACACCGUGUUGUGUUAACUUUAUCAAUUUCUAGUGUCAGCUGUCUGACUUUCUGUUACUUAAUCACUUCAUGACAGAUAUGAUAUAUAUCCUUCAAAUGAUUAACCCUAUUGAAUAAUAGUUUGGCAUUCACUGAUUUCUGAAACCAUUAUUGACAAGAACUAACCCCACAAUCAAGCCUUCUGAUUGGCUCAUCUCUAAUGCAUGCAGAAUUCAGCUGAUUUGAUUGGGCAAUCCACUGGAAUUAAACCCUUUUUUCUUUUGGAAAUUACUGAAUGUUGUGAAAAUUACAUAGUUAUUGUACAUGGUUUACUUGUCACAUAGUUGUAUCACAUGAAGCUGGUCUUUUUGUGAUGGGGGGGGGACCUUUGAGAUUGUCCAGUAGUAAUCCAUCCACUUUCAUUAAUCAACUUGGCCUGAUAUGAAAUGUCAUGUGCAUGUACCACUACCUGAUGUAACUGUUACUAAUACAAUGCAUUUCAUGUGUCAAUUUCUACUUAGUAUCUCCCUCCAUAUUAGACAAACGAAUAUUUGUUAUCGUUAUAUAUGAUUGGAGUGGCUGUUAAAUUGCUGCAGUACAAAGCUGUAAUUCUUGAAUAUGUAGGAUUGUUAAAAGAUAGUCAAAUUUCAGUUGGGUUUAUAGUACUUGUGUACUUAUUUUCAUACAUUAGUCUCAACAGAUUUCUUUGCUGUUUUGUAUUCAUGGCAGGAAAAUGGUUCACUGCUGAAUGAGAUUAUGGAUACUUAUCAAAAAGUUGCAGGACAAAAUGCUGUAUAAAUAAAAGUAGAGAUUUUGUAAGAAAUGAUGUGUGUUCGACACUUUAUUUUAUGUAUGAUUCUCAAAUGACUGUUGAUAGAAUUUUGUACAGUGUAGAACCAGUGUAGAACCAGUGUAGGUGUUUCAAUUGUUGUCAUUAUUGAAUGUCAGUUCAACAAUAGUGUAAUUUGAUAAUGUCUGUGCCAAUUCUCUGUAAAUGAUCUCCUUGAUUGCAUCCUACCUGUAUGUGUUCACUUCAAAACUGUCGAGAACUAACUAUAGAGUAAGUCCUACCUGCAUGUGUUCUUGCACAUCCCAAUCUCUCCAAAUGUAGAUUUUUGAAUGACUCAAAAUGUCUGUGAUAUUGUGGCAUUUCUGUAUGGUUCUAACAUCCUUGUAGCACUAACAUUAACAACCUUCUGACAUCAUUGUCAUUUAGUGAAAUGCUAAUGUACAUACUGGGCAGAAUCUGCUGUGGCCAUCUGUGUAAAACAGCAUAUAAAGUCAGAGAGUUGUCCCCUAUCGCUUUAGGAAGUGGACUGAUCGGGUAUCAAACCCACAACCUUAUUUCAAAUAUCAGUCAUACCUCUGUGCCACUCUAAAAGCCAAUAUUUUGGUCAAAUAAGUCAAAUGCAAAAUUCCUUCUCUUGAAUCAUUUUGGUUUACUGAAUGUUAAAUGCUUGUGCCCAGUGUCCCAUCUCUAUCCCCUUAAUUCCUUGACAUUUAGUGACACUUGACAUGUACUGUAAGUUCUAUGAAGAGUAACUUGUUGCAGGCAGUGACCCAUGAAAAAUAUUCUGUUAGUUACAUAUUUGUGAGGUGUCCUUAAACAAGUGAGUAGUACAUGUUAUGCGUUAUCAGAAAAUUGUGGUGAAAUGGCUUCUUUCUGAUGUCGAACGCAGACAUUCACUGAGUAAUGAAGCGUGCUGCCUAUUUUCAGAUUUUAUCACCAAGGUGUGGCACUCUAUUGUGUAUUUAUGUUUGGUGUGGAGCUGUGCUCUUAACACUAUAUUCAGUGCAUAAUUGAAUGCAUUAAUGUAGAGAUAGCAGUGUAUAAGUUUUAUUGUAUCAAAGCUGGAAUAAAA